AGAUCGAUGUAUGAUAUGACAAUAGAAGCAGCUGUGUGACGGGUCGGGACGGGAAUUAACAAGUGCAUUGAGUGACGAAGAAUCGAAUAACGCCAUAGAAAACUGGAUGGUGUUUCGCCGACCGAGCAUGAGGCGCGAAUCCUCCAGAAUAUCUUUUUGAUCCGUUGUUGAUGAUGAUGCGUUGAGAAGAUGGGAACUUUGGUGGGGACCGACUUUCUCACCGACGCAACGGUCCACUCAUCGCCCCAGUCCCCGCUGACAAGGACCGAGCUUACCGUGACGACUGGUUCGGUGUCCUCUACGUGGAGCUCUCAAGGAUCGCCCUGCCUAGGCUGCUCUAAGACCACACUCCUGCCAAAUUCAGACGGUGAUUCACUGGAUUUUUUAUCGACAGAUGUUACUUUAAUUUCAUUUACUGAAGAAGUGAAUUUCUCGUAUCCUUAUGGAACAUCAAACUCCACCUCACCCGAGGUGUCCUCAGACUCUGGAGUCAAUGACCUCACCCGUCAACUUCUUGUUGGCAUACUAUCCAUACUCUUAGCACUGGCAAUUGCAUUUGGAAAUACGUUGGUUAUAUUGGCUGUAUAUCGUGAACAUCAUUUGAGAACUGUGACGAAUCUUUUCAUCGUGUCUCUUGCAUGCGCGGACUUUUUGCUUGGGACCAUCGUUUUGCCAUUUUCGAUUCACAUGGAGAUAACGCAGGGAUACUGGCCCUAUGGUGUGGUGUGGUGUGACCUCUGGCAUGCCUUUGAUAUAUUGGGAUGCACUGCUUCUAUAUUGAACCUAUGUGUUAUAGCAUGUGAUAGAUACUGGGCGAUUACUCAUCCGUUCAGCUACCCGACGCGCAUGACGAAAAGGAUGGCUCUUAUUUUGAUCAGCGUGGCUUGGGUGUGUUCCGCGCUCAUCUCAUUCCCGUGUAUCUGGUGGUGGCACGCGGUAGAGCCCCCUCACCCACCGCUAGGCUGCGUAUUUCCGUCAAAUACUGUUUACCUCGUCACAUCAUCUUGCGUAUCGUUUUAUGUCCCUUCUGUCAUCAUGUUGUGCAUGUAUCUAAAGAUCUACCGCACAGCGGUUGGCCAAGUACGGAUGUUACGCUCAGGGACGAAGCGCGUCAAGUCUGUAAAUGGAGACGGCAUGGCAAUGCGCGUCCACAAGGGAGGAUCCGUCAACGGAGAUGCCAUGGCGAUGCGCGUCCAUAAGAGAGGAUCCGUAAACGGAGAUGAAAUAUCAAUGCGCGUCCAUAAGGGAGGGAUUCGAACAAUCGAUGGCUCAUUACAAAAAAGACGAGCAAGUACAAGCGCAAAUUCCUACUCGCCUCAAACUGUGCCGGGAACUGUCAACAGGCGGAAUAGCCUGCCUGGUAGGAAAUUGAUGUCCAGGUUGUCUCGCGAACAUAAAGCAGCUAGAACUCUUGGCAUCGUCAUGGGUGUUUUCAUUAUCUGUUGGCUACCGUUCUUCAUCGUCAAUGUCACCGCACCUUUAUGUCAGACAUGUUACUUUCAUCCCAUCUUACUCGGUAUUGUCACGUGGUUAGGAUAUGUGAACAGUGCGUUGAACCCAAUUAUAUAUGCUUUCGCGAGUCGCCGUUUUAAGAACGCAUUUACGCGCAUCCUUUGUAUAUAUAAAUGGAAGCGCAAACGUGAAAUGCACGAUUGGUCAAGUUCUCGGAGAAAAGGAUCGAUGACACCGAGCAGUCCCACAGGGCUCAUUGCUGACACCUCUAUUACUCAAUGCAGUGAAGAAAGGAAUUAUGUUGAUACUACAAGCAGUGCUCAUUCAAAUUUUAGAUACUCUUUACCAAAUGGUUACUUCUGAAAAAACGCCACAUUUUGUGUUGAUAAGUAAUAUUUAUAUACAUCGAUGAUGUUACUGUUGCCCUUUUCGUACAAUCAUAUUUAUGAAUAAUGGAAAUAACUUAUUAUGAAAUCGUAUUGAUAUUAUUAUGCAAUGAAAUUGAUAAUAUGAAGGACCAAAAAAAAAUCAGUUAAACUAAUCGUUAACGAAGAAUCUGGUCUUAGACUGAUAUAUGAACAAGUCAGUUAUCCAUUAUUUUCAUGAUGGUACAUUUGUAUUUAACUACAGCAACUUUACUAUAUAGGCCUUUUCGAGUUUCAUCUUAAUUCAUAAAAUCUAACACUGAAUACUAUUUAUAUCCAUAUCAUUUUAUGUCUCUCGUCAGUUUAAUUUAUUUUUAGUACCUAAACAAUAUGCCUAUAUUGAAUGCGUCCUUGCAAAUUAUGUAUUUUAUUUUUCAUUCUAAGUCUAAAUUACUCUUAUUUUUCCAGACUACGCAUUUAUUAUUGUAAUAUACUCAAACAUCAAAUCAUGUAUUCAUAUCUGUAUUUAAAGCUUAUAAAUGGACAUAUUGCCGACUUUGAUAUUUAUUUUUCAAUUUUUAUUUGUUCUUUGAGAGAAUCUUAAUGUCGCCCGUCGCACCUUGUGCUUGCAACCAGAUUUUAUAUUUUUUUUAUUUUCGAUUAAGUAAAAAGUUGCUUGAAAUAUUCUGAAAGUUCAAACAAGCAAAACGAUCAUCGAGAGUCAAAGGAAAUGAUGACAAGUCAUGUUGAAAUAGAGAUCUCGGUUGCUCAAUCGUUGCCAAUCGGAAGGUUUACUAUACAGGUCACGAUGAUAAAAUGACUUGAAUUCGACUGAAGGGGUCGCAGUAAGUCGUCACCUUUAAUAGUAUUAAAACGACUAAAAUUACGAAUAGGAUCAUCCUUCUACGUCUUUAAAAUAUUUUACUAUUUCUUUUCUAUAGUGCAGUGCAGGUUUUUAAUAUUGACGGAUCGAUAAAUGACAUAACUGACAAGUUGUUUCCUUGGUACCAUAUUUUGAAAUGAAAUUAAUUGACGAUUAACGUAUAUUUGAAUAUAUAUAUAUAUAUAUAUAUCAGAAAUAGUCUGCUUAGGCAUAUAAAGAAAAAUAUUCACAAUUGGUUUAGUAAAUGCCGUAGAAAUAAAAUCGUAGAUUUUAAAAGGAGCGUAGGCCUAGCUCUAAAAAAAUGAAAGGUAAAGUUACAAUCUCCGUCAGUGCUCAUGAUGUGACAAAAAAGAAUUCAAAAUAAGUUUCUGAAACAGUCGUGAUAAAUAGUCCGUUCAUGGGCAUACGGAUUGUGAAACUCACCUUUCAAAGAAAUCAAUGCCCUGAAGAUGGAAGAAGCGCACUGUAAAAAACGCAUUUAAAGACGCGUUUCCAUGACUGCAAGAUGACACGCGGUAAAUGUUUACUCUUUCACACUUCACAGAUAUUCUUAAGUUAUGAUGUAAAAUUUGAUUUUCUCUAAAUAAGGCUUGAAUACAAAGGAUGGAUCCAAUGAAGUGUCCAUGAAGUCAUGAUCUAAAUAGAGUUGCAGUAAUAAGUUUAAAUUCAUUGCAUUUUUUUCCUCAAAAGAUAAGAUGAUAAAAUGUUUGAUAAACACCUUUUAGUAUCCAAUUCGAUCAUAAUUGAACCGAAAAGGUAUAUUUCGCAUUGAUAUUUACUGCAACUCGUGUGGGAUUAUUAGGGGUUGGUUAACGUGUGACGAUGUGACGUAUAAUUAUAUACCAUGGUUAUCAUUUGAUAUAUUUCACAAACCCUUCAUUGAAAUGUUCCUUUCUAUUUUGGUCUUAAAACAAUCCGCGACAUCACGGUGAACUUCAAAAUUGUCAGAUCAGUUAUUUAUAUUUAUUAUUUUAACAUUUGAACCCACAAAAUCAUUUGAUGAAUGUUCUGUGGGACCUAUUCCAUUUUUCAUAUUUUGAGAUAACUGAACAUCCUGUAAAAAUGUCUUGAUUAUUCCGCAUACAUUCGUAAUUCCGAAGCUUCGUUAUUCCGAAGGUUCGGAUAUUCCAAAGGUUCGUUAUUCCGAAGGUUCGUAUUUCCGAAGCUUCGUUAGUCCGAAAACGAAGUGAGGUUCGUAAUUCCGAAGGUUCGUUAAUCCGAAAAUGAAAUGAGGUUCGAAAUUCCGACGGUUCGUUAGUCCGAAACGAAAUGAUUAACGAACCUUAUUUCGUUUUCGGACUAACGAACCUUCGGAACAACGAACCUUAUUUCAUUUUCGGAUUAUCGAACCUUCGGAAUAGCGCCACAAAUGUUCGGAUUAACGAACCCUUUUACGUUUUCGUAUUAACGAACAUCGAGGUAUAGGCAAUUUACGUGUUUCGGAAUUACGAACCUUCGGAAUAAAGAACCUUCGGUAUUGCGAACCUUCGGAAUUACGAAGUGUAACCGAUUAUUCGAGCUCUUACGAGUAUAGUAACUGUUAUCACAAUAUUCAGCAAAUCUUUAUCUACUACCUAAAGAAUAUAUUUAUACAUUUUGAUUCUUAUCAUGUCAUAAUAUUUAUUUCCAACUAUUAAACAUGUUUCAUUCUAAUUUCCUAUCACUUUAUCAUGAAUGUAAUUCAGUAAAACUAAAUGUUGUAAUAAAUCAGCCCAUUUUAUGGUGUCUUACACGAUUGGCAUGUGAAACCUUUCAA